UCUCUCUGCUCGUUUCUUCCUUUAUGCCUAAUAUCAAAUUCAAGAUGAUAUCAGAGCAGGGGUGAGACUCAGAGAAGUCUCAUCACUGUCUCGGAACCAAUCCCAAGCCAAAAAAAGCCAAAAUCCAACAGACACUGUUCAAAGCCAUGUCGGAAUCCGACGACAACCAAACCCCAAAACCAACCGAAACUGAGCAAUUCGCUCGAUUAUUUGCUGAGUUCAUGCGCACCAGCAUCGCACAAAGCCAGCAACUUAUACCAACCACACCAAAUCAAACAGAACCCAAAAUCGAAACCCAGAAAAUCAAUACCUCACCACUAGUGAUUGGAACCAAACUCAAUGGCGAGAAUUACUCGCUCUGGGCCAUCCACAUGAUGGCGGCAAUAAGCGGGAGGGGAAUGGCGUCUCACAUCACUGGAGUUCCAGCCCCUCCAGCAAAAAACCGAUCCAGCCUUCGGGAGAUGGCAACAAGGAGAUCACUGAUUGUUCACGUGGUUAAUACAGAACUUAGAGCAAAAAUUGGUAAAUCGGGUGUCUCAAUACCCGACAGCCAGAGACGUGUGGAAAAGUUUGGAGGUCACAUAUGCAAGUGGAGGAGACAAAAUUCAAGUAUACGACCUGAUCACAAGAGCGAACAGAUUGAAGCAAACGGAUGAAUCCUUGGAGGAUAUAUGGACAAUCCUCAAUAACCUAUGGGUCUCCAUCGAUCAGAAACAGCCCAACCGGAUGAAAUAUCCAGAGGACAUCGAUAUCUAUAACGCUGGAAAAGAAGAACAGAGAUUAUACCAAUUGUUAGUAGCAUUGAACGAUAGGUAUGAAGGAAUCAAAAAGGAGAUACUCAGACUGGAACCACUUCCAUCGGUGGAGGUAGCCUACAGAAUCCUCCGGCGAGAGGACACCAGGGCAAAUAUUUUGAAAACAGGGGAUACCGGGGCUACACAGGGAGUCGCGGCUGGACUCAUUGCGAGGCAGCCAUGGAUGAAUCAAUCCACCCACCAAAAUCCCCCUCACCGAAGCGGCGGAACUGGCGGUGGCAACUGGAGCAGGAAGACGAAAGAGGAAAAGCUGAAACUCACAUGCACUCACUGCGAGAAAAAGAAACACAGUCGAGACACAUGUUUCGAACUCCACGGUUACCCGGAUUGGUGGGAGGAGCGCAAGUCCAAACCACCGAUCCGAGGAGGAAGAGGAAUAGUUGUCGUCGCAUCUGGAGGAAGGGAACCUACCGCCACCGUCGGGGGCAACGCCGAGGCCGCAACAUCCCGAGGCAACAAAACGGAGGAGAUAACUCUCGGGACUGUGUCAUUCACCCAUGGCGGAAAUGGAAUGGAGGCGGCGGAAAUUGAAGAAGGAGCCGAAAGGGGAUAUCAGGACAAGGAAAAUUAUUGGACGUGGCACUGAGCGGAAUGGGUUGUACUAUGUGGAUGAGAUAGAUCAACACGGAAAUGCGAUGGUAGCUCAUGGAGCCACUAGCAGGGAGGCCUGGUUGUGGCACCGACGCCUAGGACAUCCUUUAUCGGGUUAUUUAAAAUUACUUUUUCCUAAAUUUAGCCAAGAUCUGUAUUAUGAAACUUGUGUUUUGGCCAAAAGCCAUAGACAAACCUACAAAUCAAGCAAUACUAGAGUUGAUUUGUGUUUUGAUCUUGUCCAUUCUGAUG